AUGGCAAGCAACAACAACUAUGGGAUUGAGGGUAAAUGGUAUACCUCUGCGGAUAUUAAAGACUUGGAGGACGAGGUAUCUCUCGGUGAUAGGGUGGAGUUCGACCGCGGCGGUGUGUGCGCACACUGGGGUAUUUUCGUCGGUCCGUACCAAGAUAUGCGACACGCUGUCAUCCACUUCGGUAUAUUCGAAGGAGGGUCGGAAUUCGUCAAAAAGAAGGCAAUAGGAAUUCCGCAUGCUGCCAGUAAAAAGCCCGAGAUACUCGCUGAUACGAUUGGAAAGAUUCUCGGUGGUUCUGGCAGGGUGAGGAUCAACAACUCAAGAGACUAUAAAGAAAAGCCUUUGGAUCCCGGCGACAUCAUUGAAAUAGCAAAGACAAUGCACCGAGACCAAACGCCGAUCGACUACAACCUUGUCCACAGUAACUGCGAGCACUUCGUGAACAUCUGUCGAUACAAUGAUCCCCACAGUGAUCAGAUCACAGCAUUGCAGACGGCUGGGUACUUAUUAACGCUUGCCAUUGGUGCUAUCGGUGCAGUAAUAGGCCUAGGUUAG